AUGGACUACAAGGUGCACAUUGAUCCAGGAAAAGAAGAUUGUUAUUUCCAAUAUGCCAACCCUGGAGCAACUUUUUAUGUGAGUUUUCAAGUUGUUAGAGGUGGAGAUGGGAUGGCCGGUUUCGCCGUACGUCACCCUUCUGGACAAAUUGUCCAUCCUUAUCAAUGGAAAGCUAAUAGUGAAUACCAAGAUCAAAAUUCAAUGGGAGGAUAUUACUCUGUUUGUAUUGAUAACCAGUUUUCAAGAUUUGCAGCCAAGUUAGUGAAUAUCUACAUAACUGUUGUGCGCUAUGACAUGUGGGACAAGUAUGCAAAAGAAUUGGAUGCAUUGAAUAUGAAUAUGGAGAAUUUUACUACAACUAUUGUUGGAGUGGAAAGAAACAUCAAUGAAAUGCUUCAGUAUCAACAUCAUUCUAGAGGGAGAGAGGCAUGGGAUUUCAAUCUGUUACAAGAUAACAAUUCGUAUGUUGUGCGCUGGUCCAUUAUUCAAAUUAUUGUAGUGAUGGCUACAACAGCUGUUCAGGUUUAUUUUGUCCGCAAGCUGUUUGAUGUUAAGAGUGGUGGAGGAUCAGGAAGAUCAAGAAUCUAA